UUUUCAUUCAGACAGCAUCUCUAAUCAUAAUUUAUUGCACGAAAAAAAUGUUGAAACUCGCCGUUGCACUUCUGAGUGUAACAAUUGCUGUUACUCAAACCAAGGCUUUUACGCUGCAGCAACGCCAACAGGGCGAUAUGUACGCGAUCGAGUGUGUUGCCGAAACCGGAGUCAAUCCAGCCUCAGUGGCGCAGCUGAGAGUGGGAGACUUCACGGCCAACGAUAAACGAUCCAAGUGCUUCAUCCGGUGCUUCUUCGAAAAGGAGGGAUUCAUGGAUAAGAAAGGUAACCUACACAUGGAGAAAAUCGUUGACGCCCUGUCAGGUGACUUCAGCCGGGAAAAGGUCGAAACCGUGCUCACGAGUUGCUCAGCUAAGGGUAAAAAUGCGUGUGAAACGGCCUUCCGGAUGUACGAAUGCUUCUACAAGCAUCGCGAAGGUUUAUGAACGUGGCAAUAAACGGUAAUCUGCAUCUCCUCAUGUCGUAGUUAUAAAAACGCUCGUGAUAAUAUUUGUCGAAAUACAGCUUUAUUAGCGGUUUACCACAGUAGGUAAUCAAAUGGAAAUAGUUCUUUUGAUCACACUAAUUAAUGAGAACUCCCAUGUAACACACACGCCAAUAAAAAUUCCACAAGCCGCACUGGGUCAGUGCAUGUUUAUGUUGUUAACUGGGUUUACCGAGCCAUUCAACAAACGUUAACAUGCG